AUGGCGGAUGAACUCCCGUUAUGGUUCCCACCCAUGAGUAGCGACGAUUCAUCCGAUAGUAGCAUUCUUUUUUUUCAAAAUCUCAUCGAAGAAACCGAACUUCAAGAUACCGGCACAUCUAACCGAAGGAGAUAUAUUGAACGUCAACGUGAGGAGGGGCAUGAGACACUCAUGGCGGAUUAUUUUGUCGAAGACCCGAAGUACAACGAAGAUAUCUUUCGGCAUAGGUUCCGUAUGUCGAAACGUUUGUUUCUAAAAAUUGUGUCCGAUGUGGAAGAGAACGACCCGUGGUUUGUAGAGGCCCCCGAUGCGCGAGGUAGGAAGGGCUUUACGCCCUUGCAAAAGGUGACAUCGGCUAUUAAACAGCUCGCAACUGGAAACACUCCAGACGAGAACGACGAGUACUUGCAUAUGGCCGAAAGAACUUCCCGCGAGUGCCUAGAAUAUUUUUGUGACACGGUUUGCAAAAUAUAUGGUCCAGAGUUCUUACGUAGACCGACAAGCCACGACAUGGCACUUUAUUGUUUUUAA